GCUCUUCAAGAAUAACUGCUAGUAGCUUAACACUAGUGUUCUACGGAGGAAAAGGCCAAGCUCGUCACCUGAACUUCGCGCUGUCGUGACAUAAUAUUUACUCAAAUUGACAAGCAGGAGUUGCGGAGCCGCCAGUGCCUGCGAGAACGACAGCAGGUUAGGAGCGGGAAGAGAAGGACAGUUGUGCGCUCGCGCGAGAGGCUAAGACAUGAGCCCAUCCCGCCGCUCGCUGCGCUUUCGUCAGCUCUCCAGUAGCGCAGGCUGGGCGAACUGCGCUCUGUGCCACAGAGGAGUCUUGUGAGCCGGCAGAAUAAAGUGAAUCCGGACUCUCGGUGCCACCAUUGACACCUGUUGGAUUUACUCUUCACAAACUUUGUAUGUGCAGGAAAAAUAAGAUUCAGAGUAAAGCUGCUGCUAAUGUCCUUGGAAGAACUCAUCAAAGAGACAUUAUCUUCUGCACAGAACCUGAGUCAAAAAUGCCUCAGGUCACCCUGCCACACACCAGUCCUGUGAUGAACCUUUCCAUGAUUUCUACUUCUUUGAAACCUACAUUACCCCCUAAUUUCAGUUUGGAUGAUCCCCUUGGUGGCCACACAGUAUGGGAGGUGACCCUCAUUGUUCUUUUCACUGGAACAUUAUCUCUUGUCACCAUCAUUGGAAACCUCUUGGUCAUGAUAGCAUUCAAGGUAAACAGCCACCUGAAAACUGUUAACAACUACUUUCUGUUGAGUCUAGCCUGUGCUGACCUCAUCUUGGGAGCCAUUUCUAUGAACUUGUACACAACUUACAUCAUCAUGGGACGAUGGGCUUUAGGAAACCUUUGCUGUGAUAUUUGGCUGGCAAUUGACUAUGUGGCUAGCAAUGCUUCAGUCAUGAACCUACUAAUCAUUAGCUUUGACCGCUAUUUUUCUGUCACUCGACCCCUCACUUAUCGAGCAAAACGGACCCCCAAAAGAGCAGCAAUUAUGAUAGGACUAGCCUGGGCAAUUUCUUUUGUUCUGUGGGCACCAGCAAUUAUAUUCUGGCAAUACAUUGUUGGUAGCAGGACAGUUCCGCAAGAUGAAUGCUACAUUCAGUUUCUGUCACAGCCUAUCAUAACCUUUGGAACAGCCAUUGCUGCCUUUUAUUUACCAGUGAGUAUAAUGAUUAUACUUUAUUGGCGAAUCUACAAGGAAACCAGAAAAAGAAGUAAGGAGCUUAAAGGACUAAUGGGUUCUGAAAGUAGAGAUUCAACUGGCCAAGAAACCCAGCGGAUAUCCAACAGCAGUACAAAAAGUAACAGUAGUUGGGAGACCACCACUACACAAGCAGGAGAAAAUGGAAACCUGCAAAGUCCAGCCACACUUGGUAAGAAUACAUGUUGGCCUUUCCUGAAGAAGACAUCUUACAAAAGUAAGAUCAGCACCAAUGGGAGCUGGAUCAACAUCGAAGAAGAAGGGUCUCCAGAAAAUUCCACUUCAUCAGAUGAAGAAGAGUCUGCACUAGAAAUGAAGACCAUUUGUUCAGCUGUUGGCCGUGUUCCCUUAGUGCAAAAUGAAAGUGAGGACAAGACUGACAGCUUGGAUGAAGAGGGGAAGUACAGAGCCAAGAAAGAAGGCCACACAGGUAUGACUGCAGUGGUGGAUCGCAAUUUGUCCAGAGUGAUGAAUGACAGCAGAAACACUGCAACUCCAAGUGCAUCGAAGCGAUCUUCUCAGCUCACUGCAAGCAGCCUAAAUUCCCUCACAGCCCACUGCAAAGCACAGGCUGUAGCAGCCAAAGGGAAAAAGAGAAAGAACCAAUCAUUGAUAAAGGAGAAGAAAGCUGCCAAAACCCUCAGUGCCAUUCUUUUGGCUUUUAUUCUAACCUGGACUCCCUACAAUAUCAUGGUGCUGGUCUCCCCUUUCUGUAAGAAAUGUGUUCCUGAGAAACUCUGGGAACUCGGUUACUGGCUCUGCUAUAUCAAUAGCACUGUGAACCCAGUGUGCUAUGCUCUCUGCAAUGAACACUUCAGGGUUACUUUUAAGAUGCUGCUCAUGUGCCGAUGGGACAAGCGUAAGUGGGGGAGACCUCAGAGAAGUGCCCCCUCCUCUUUGCGUGGUAAGACACAAAGUAGCUCUGUCUAGAAUGUGACUGACACAGGCUGGGCCGAGUAAUGCUCGCAAGGAGCAUGCCUCGAGACAGUAACAGUUGCCCAAGGUUUUCACGGUGGCACGGUCAGCAGCAUAUGUGUAAAGCCACAGGAAGACUAAUGAAGACUUGGGGCGAGACCGUGCCAGGGAAGACGCAGGCACACUGUGUUUCCAGUUAGCCUGGAGGACUGCUCUCAACCAGGUGAGAAGGGCAGAGCCCUGGUGAAGGAAAAGCAAGAGCAGGAGCCUGUGGAAUUUCUUCUUUCUUUGGGGGAACUGUGGCAGAAAGCUUACAGGAAUUUCAUCUGCUUUAUGCUUAAAAUGUGUUGGUUUUCUGGGUUUGAUCUUAAGUUUGUCUUUAUAAAAAAUGAAUAAUGACAACAGUUUAGUUCAGGGUGUUAGUAUGAGCACUCCCUGUCUAUUAUGUUCAGGGUGGAUUCAAAUGGGAUUUUACUCUCUUUCUCCUUUAGAGGAGCUUCAGUGUCCUCUUGCACUUCAGUAAGUAACUGGAGGCAAGAAUAAACACAAGCAGUUUCCAGCUGCCAAAAAUACUAGUAACUGGUUUCCAUUAAAAGGAAUGUUGAUGUUGGACAUGGGAAUCUGUCAGCUUGGAGAGAAAAGGUGCUACUAGCAAAAUUUGAAUUUGAUUAUUCUAGAAGGAAUAUAUAUUUAGCAAAAAAGAAUACUGUUUAAAAACAUACCAUUCAGUCACAUGCGGAAGAACUGCCACUUAUGAAAUGUUUGUUAGCUUCCUAAAUAAAAGGUGGUUGACACUUACAUCCUGGA